GCCGCCGCUAUUUGCUGCGGGUGAGCAGCCGGCAGCGAGUGUGGACCUUAGCUAACAAUUUAGCCUGAAUAUGACCUGAGCAAAGUACCACAGACUUGUCCGCUCAGUUCACCUGACCAGGCAGGGCGUGCAGGAGAGGGGGUGGCGGUGGUAUGCGUAUGGGCAGCAGCUGGAGGUGGCAGCUCUCCCGGGCCAUGCGACUGGCGCUGCGCUGGUGCCGGCUGUGCCACCCGGCCAGAGGAAGCCGCGGCGGGGGGACCAAGCCGUGGGUCGGCGGCAGGUUUUUGGAGCUGUGGAGCUACAGCAAGCUGCUGCUCAAGUCACUGUACUUCAACAGCCUCAGCAACUCGGACACUCUGCUGGACUGCGUGUUCGAACCCGUCUACUGGAUUGUGGACAAUGUGACCCGCUGGUUUGGAGUGGUGUUCGUCUGUCUGGUCAUACUUCUCACGACCUCGGUCGUCAUCAUCGUCUAUCUGUUCGUCCUACCCACAAUCCUCAGCACUUACCCCGUGCACUGGAUUGUCUGGCACCUCUGCUGCGGCCACUGGCUUCUAGUCAUGGUGGUUUUCCACUACUACAAGGCUACCACCACCUCCCCAGGACACCCACCCAAGGGCAAAGUUCAUAUUCCCUCAGUGUCUGUCUGUAAGAAAUGCAUCACUCCAAAACCAGCCAGGACGCACCACUGCAGCAUCUGCAACAUGUGCAUUUUGAAGAUGGACCACCACUGCCCCUGGUUGAACAACUGCGUGGGCCAUUUUAACCACCGCUACUUCUUCUCCUUCUGCCUGUACAUGACGCUGGGCUGCAUCUACUGCAGCAUCAGCAGCAGGAACUUGUUUCUGGAGGCCUACAGUGCUGUUGAGAGUUACUAUCAGACCCCUCCUCCAACCGACAUCUCAAGAGAGACCACCGCUCACAAGAGCAUCAUCUUCCUCUGGGUGCUGACCAGCUCGGUGGCAGUGGCUCUGGGAGGUCUCACCCUGUGGCAUGUCCUACUCAUCAGCAGAGGAGAGACCAGCGUGGAGCGCCACAUCAACCGCAAAGAGACCAAAAGACUACGGGAGAAGGGCAAGGUGUUCAGAAAUCCAUAUCAUCACGGCAAAAUGAACAACUGGAAGCUGCUGUUAGGUGUUGAAAACAGGAGUCACUGGUUGACGCGGGUCCUCUUGCCAUCCAGCCAUCUUCCAAACGGAGACGGCAUCAUGUGGGACUGCACCUUCACCAGAAGAGACCCCAUGGCCAUCUGAUCUCCACCCUUUUGCCCCGAACCAUACCAAAAAGUUGCACCUGCAUUUACACUACGAGCAGCGUGACAGGUGUCGCCCCAGCCGAGCAGCGAGGGGCAGAACGAGCGGAGAAGCUCCCACUUCAUCUGCUUUGGUCUGCUCCGGCGAUCACUCGACAAGGAAAAAGAAGCUUUGGAGCUACAAUCAAAGACAUUUUUCUGCGUUGGUAUUUGCUGCUGGAAGUGGGAACCACAUGGAUACAACCACUAGUGAUUCGUCUUCUUAGGAAAAGCUAUCAUGUUCCACCUCGACUUCGCCACCAGCCGACUUCACCCUGCAGCUGCAGCACUGUUGAUCAAAAUAAUUCAGAAACGGUGCUGCUGGUCAGCAUCGUUGUCAAGACCAAACCUCUCUCUCCUUUGUCCCAGCCAUUUGUAAAGACUUGACAAAGACUUUUUGUGUCCUGGAAUAAACUCUUAAAGCCUCUUGUGAUAGGUGUGUAAGAUGAAAGGAUGGACAGGGAAGGCAGUUACAGCAUCUUAAAUGUGCUAUGUGCUGCAUUUCUAAACAUCAACACAACACAUUGUAAGCAUCAGUGUUAGUGGUCGCCCCCUUCUUAAUUCAGUUGAAUUGUCAAUGCUUUGAAAUUAAGACUACAUUUCCCAGAAGCUGCUUGCUUCUUUACCCAAGUGGAGUUUUCUGUCUCUACCCAAAGCGGUAAAUGUGACAGUAUUUGUUUUCCAUUCGGCUUUCACUAUUUCCACCAGCAACUUUACAACUUUAUCCUAUUCAGCAUCAUCUCCUGUACAGCACUGUGUUCUUUAUCCGUGCAGUCAAGAAGCUCAUUUCCCUCCAAAUCUGACCUGCUGGCUGAUGACAUGAAACGCAGAUUGACAGUCUACUCAGGUUUCAUUGUAAUGUCUCCGUGCUGGCAACAGCUGUGGUCAGAGGCAAUCUCAGGAACACCUUGAAAGAAUUUCUUACAUUUUUGGCACAAACGUCCCUUUGGACUUAUGAACUGAUAAGAUUUUGAAGGUCAAAGGUCACUGUGACCACACAAAACAGGUUUUUGACCACACUCAAGAAUUCAUACACUAAUUAUGACAAAAUGUCACACAAAGUAGAUUGUCAUCACUGAUGACGUUUCAUAUCCAAAAGGUCAAAGGUCAGCUUCACUGUGACACCAUAACUCAGGAACGGAGGCCACAUUGUGACCAUAUUUCACACUCGGUCAGAUACUGAAUUGGUGACACUGAUGUUGAAACUGUACUGAUUGUAGAGAUCUACUGUGCAGCCUGACUGAAGCUGUUUGUGAAGCUUCCACUUUUUUUCAGAGUUUAGCUUCUUAGCAGCGACAUCCAUAUUUGAAGCAUUGUCCUCCUCCACAGGCUCAUUGGUUCUGAUGAUAUUGAGCUUCAGGUCAUGUUGUUGCACCAUGUGAUGAAGCUCUCUGUCAGUCCUCUGUUCUCCUCUGGAAAAAUAGUCUCCAAGUGAAGACAGCAGGUUCCUGAGAACCUGAGAAUCCAUUUCAACUAACACUAAUACCUUUUAUCUAAUUGCUUCACUGCAUGUUAGUGUGGACAGACAUGGAUGUAAACUGCAACUAUACUGGUGGGUGGAGGGAUACAACCAUGAGGUGGUAAUUCCAGGUUUAAUGUGGCACAUUGGUGAGGAAAUGCAAAACAUAGCACUAUGAGUAACAGCUGCCGUAUUGAUCCCUGAGUCCAUGCUUAGUCUGAGAUCUGAGCCUAAACCUCGCCUGCUUCUUGAAGAGGUCUUGUAGUUUUCAUUGUGUUUUAACUAUAAUAACUGUCUGUGUCUUGAGCUGAAGACAAAUCCAAGUGUUUCUUCAUGUGAGGAAGGAAAGUCAUGAGAUGAUUUCAUUUUUGUGUUUUAAGGUUUACUACUCUGCAAUAUUUGAUUGAUCACUGCUCUGAACUCAGAGUUUAAUUCACUUGUCUUAAAUUUCUGACUUGAAUCUUUUCCUUGCUGGUCAGUUUUAAAGAAAGAAAACCUCCAACAUAGAAUCCAGUUGUGUGCCUUGUUUGGUUGUUCGCCCUUUAAAACGAGGCACUUUAAAUACAUGAAUCAGGCACUGUCAAAUGUGAUCCCAGAUUUCUAAUUCUCACCCCAACAUGUUCAGACUCAAUAACUUAAUAAUAGAUACAUCUGUAGUUGCCAUAGAAACAUGACGAACAGCUGUGAUAUCAUUUGUAACCAAUGGGAGCUGUGCUCCAGUUUGAUUCAUUGUGUCUUUUUUAAAUAAAAUACUUGUUUGAUAUGAA